GCCCACUCGGUUACCCAGAAUCCGGUGCGGCCUCGUAUCGAUGUGAUUCAAAUGCAGGCGAUCCAGCUCAAACCCGUCUUUGAUUGUCCGUCAUGGGCAGGGAAACCACCACCAGGACUUCAUUUGGAUGUUGUGAAAGGAGACAAACUAGUAGAGAAACUCAUCAUUGAUGAGAAAAAAUACUACCUCUUUGGAAGAAACCCUGACAUUUGUGAUUUUACCAUUGACCAUCAAUCAUGUUCAAGAGUCCACGCUGCUUUGGUCUAUCACAAACAUUUGAAAAGAGUUUUCAUCAUCGAUUUGAACAGCACUCAUGGUACGUAUCUAGGGCGUCUUCGUUUGGAGCCCCACAAACCACAGCAGGUUCCCAUAGACUCCACGUUGUCAUUUGGAGCCUCAACACGAGCGUAUACACUACGCGAAAAACCACAGACAAUGCCAUCCACAAUCAAGGGUGAUGAAAUUGCAGUGGAAGAUGAUGAACUGAAGGGACUGCUGGGUUUACCUGAAGAAGAGACAGAACUAGAUAAUUUGACAGAAUUCAACACAGCUCAUAACAAAAGAAUAUCUACACUGACAAUUGAAGAAGGAAAUCUGGAAAUACAGAGGCCAAAACGUAAAAGAAAGAGCUACCGUGUAUCAUUCAGUGAUGAUGAAGAAAUAAUAAAUCCGGAGGAUGUUGAUCCUUCAGUGGGUCGCUUCAGAAAUAUGGUUCAAACAGCAGUGGUGCCACUCAAGAAAAAGAAGACAGAGAGUCCCAGUUCACUAAGUCUGGAAGAUGGAGUUGCUAGGCGUAUGCAGAAUUUCCCAUUCAACGCUAGUUUAUAUGGUGGCCUCCCUCCAACUAGUGGUGAUUCUUCUUCUCAGCUACAUGGUAAUACAAUGGGAACCGCAAUGAUAGGAGGACUGCCUAUGCCAUUUCCAAAUCCAGCUCCAGAGGUGGACUUGGCACCAGCAGUUGUACCAGCAGCUGUGACUAUAAACCCUGUUCCCAACACUGGUGUGUUCAAUGCAGAAUCUGUUAACGAACCGAAGAAAAAGAAAUAUGCUAAGGAGGCCUGGCCUGGCAAGAAACCUACUCCAUCAUUGCUUAUUUGAUGAUUUUGUUCUUUUUUCAAAAAAAUAAAGUCACCUAGGAUUUGAGGACCGAGAGGGGCUUUCUUUUAAUUCUGUUAAUAUGCCUAAAAUUUAUAUGAGCUUUGUACAGAUGUUUGUACAGUUGUGUAAUAGAUUCACAGCCUUUCAACAUUACUGUUACUGCUUUUUACCUCUAACCUGUAUUUCAGUGUAAAUUACAAACAGCAUUGCCAGUUGUUGGACUAAAAUCACAAACUAUUUUUCUGCCACAUGUGCUUUGUUUCAGUGAGUAGAAUUAUACAUGAGGGGCUCUACGUUUUUAUAUUGGGCUUUUUAGAUAAACAGUGCUCUGCUUUCUCUACUUAUGAUUAAAACAAGUCAUUUAUUACUGCUUAGACACACUCUGAAACUGUAAUUUUCAUGCUCCCAGGACUUUGUAAAGCAGAAUUUCAGCACUUAGCAUAUUACACUUACAUGUGCUAAGUAUAACGAAGUUAUGGCAAGUCAAAUUACCUUCCCCAUUUUUUUCAUUUACUUCAGUGAGUUAGUGAAUAAUCUCUAAUUGGUUUCCACAGGUAUGGUUUGGUACAUUUUGAUCGCUGCAUGACUUGCAAUAAAACUGGUUGGUUACAAUAUUUUGUAGCCACCAAUUUUCAGAACAUAGUUUUUCAAAUUACUCUGAAGAGAAAUCCAUUCUUGAGUCAAGUAAUUUUCUUGUGAAGCUUUAUUUUUUAACUUGUUGUGAAAUGAAGUCAUUGUGACAUUUUUGCGUUUAUUAUGGAAAUCAGUUGUGAAAUUAAAACCUCUCAAAUAUUUAAAGACAAAGUUCUGCAGACGUUACCUGCAUUGGUGGAUGCUAAAAGAUUUGACAUUACAUUCAAACUGUUCAGCUUUUUAAAUACAUUUUGGCUGUCGCAAGUGUGCCUUUUUGUGUCGAGCGAUGAUGAAUUAAUCUGUGGAGAAAGUUCAUCUUUUGGUGUUCUGUGUGGGGCUAGGAUAUGUUGCUAGCUUUUUCAUUUUAAAAUCAGUAUGUAUGAAAUGCAGAUCAAAUGGUCAGAGGUCUAAAGUAUAUAAUAGCUAGAGGUCACUAUCUAGCCUGAUGUUCUGAGAGAAAUGCUGUAUCGUUAAAAAUACAAUCUUCUUGAUGGGAUAUUAAAUCAAGCACUUGAUUUUCCUCCCAGGUGUAUAUGAAAAAUCUCAUUGCACUAUUCCAAAAGGCAUAGGGGAAAUGGUAUUCUGGCCAGCACUUAACUGGACACACAUUAUUUGGGCAUUUAUUUCAUUUUUUUUUGUGAGCUGGCAUUCCAUUAAUUGUUGUCUCCUAUGUCACAACAGUUCUGAAUUGUAUAAUUGCCUGUAAAUGCCUUGGACUGUUGGAAGACCAUCAGCAAAGCUGUAUGAGUUCUCUGCAAAUCUUUGCUUUUUUUUAAGAUCGUUCUCAUACAAAAAUGCAAAGUCAACUUGUGCAUUAUAAUGUCAGCCUUUCUGAAAGAUUUGGUUUAGGGCAAGAAAAGCAAUGGAUUAUUGAAUCCAAUAUUUGUUUUAUUUUAAAAUAAUGUCAAUAAUUUUGAUUGGUAUUAACCUCAAAAUCUGACCCCCUCUUACCUGCAAGGUAAUAACUAUAGUUAAAAUGAAAAUUGCAAUAAAACUGUAAAUGUACAACUUCAAAGCUAUAAAUACAAACCAGAUCACAGCAUAACUUCAUGAUAAGACUGGUUUAUGCUCCUGGUGGACCCCUUACAUGCUGCUGAUUCUGUACAUUACCAACCCUUUAAGCUUCUGUUUUCCAAUAUGAUUGAUCAUGUCUUGCUCAAACUAGUUGAAAUUCAUCUCUAUAGAGCCCAUAACCAACUUCACUCCAGUUGGUAAUACGUUCCAGUGAUUUAAGCUAGAUUGCUAUCACUAGACAGCACAGAGCUUGCAUCUUAUUUUUGUAAAGAAUGGACUUUUGAGAUGUGCUCUGUCACCGCAGAAGCUUUGAAAUCGAGAUUGCUGCAAUUUGUCAAGAAAAGACAUUAAAACUUGCUAUUUGUCAGAGGUGCAGGAUGAGUUGUCCCCCUCAAGCCCAGUGUUUAUUUUUGGGGACUGGCAUGGGAACAAUCAAUUCUACUUGAAAUUCCAAAAUUUUUUGGUUAACAUUAUGCUCAUGCAUUUUUGAGACACAUUUUUCAUAAAGUGCAAAGUUACUUAAAGAGCUCCUUCAUCCAAAAUAUGAAUAAAUUUGUAAAGGUAUGAAUUUGUGUUCCGAAUCGUCCUGAUGUUAUAUUUUAAUAUUAUCUUUCAUGCCUGCCACCUCCAUCUCAGGAUUAUUUGACUUCCAGUUGGUUUUCUAGAACAUUCACUGGACUUAGUGCAGUGCUCUAGCAAUUUCUACUAUGCUUGAUUUUUCUGCAGUUGCCUAAAUCAGCCUACAAAUAUAUGAAGAUAACAUGCACUAUCUGCAAAUCUUUUACCUGAAAUCUCUGGGCAAAAUCCCACAGAGUACAAGAUCAUGAAAGUCAAGAGUAGUGAUGUAAUGAAGAUUCAACAGCCUGGAGUCAAAAGUGAAGUUGAAAGAUUGGGAAUAAGCCUGUUUUAUGGAAGACAACAGUAUCUGAAAUGCAUUAUGUUUUCCCUGUUUUUUUUCCCACCAGUUCAAUGUAGUGCUUGUGAUUCGUAAAAAAUUUAAGGGUCAGCCCAUUGGUUAUUGCAUAAUCUCUCCAGUGUGAGAUGCUUAAAAUGGUAAUUUUUGAGAUUGAGUGAAAUAAAGUCGUACAGAAUGCACUAGCUAGGGUCACUCUUCAAGUUGCCCAAAGGUUGCAAGUUUGGAUUAACUGCAGUAAAAAUUAGCCAGUGUAUUUAAUGUGAAUCCUAUGAAAGAUGAUUGAAAAGAAAUAAGAGAAUGCAAGAUCAAAGUGUAUAUUGCUUUAGUAUAAGUUUUUUUUGUCUGUAUUGUUAUCUUUGCUUGGUUUUGUAUUUUUUAUGACCAAAUCUUAUUUUUUAGACAAACCUGAAAAUACACAUACUACAUCACCUUCAAUGUUUUCAGUCCUCAAAAUCUAUAUGGCAGCUUAUGUGAUCUCGAGCACUGUUUUGAGUUUGUGGUUGGUUGUGGAUUUCUUUUUUAAUAAAAAAAAGUAUUAUAGUUUCACCUUUGAAAGUGCAAGCUAUGACAUGGAACCAUUAUCUUUUGUUUAUCAACAGAUUUGUAAUUGGUAGAGACUUUAAAGUUCUGAAAAUAAAUGUCAUGUUUUAUGUAAAA